UUUUCAUGUUUCGUCGCGAGUUUUUUUUUUCAGUGAAAAUAUUAUUAAAAUACCAAAAAUCGCAUUAUUUUCGUCGUAGUUUCCGUACGUUUGUUAUAUUGUUCGUAAACGUUUGUCGGCUGAUGUGUGGAGAUCGAAAUUCAAAUGCGUCGCGACGGUUUCGCUAGGAUAGAAGUGCGAAAAAUGUGCGUUACCGGCGGAAAACGGUGCAUCAGAAGUAGUGUUCAGUUUGCAUGAGACAACAAAGGCAUAUUCGUAUUGUUCGAACAGGUGAUUGUGCGUUGUGUUGAAAAGGAGUAAUUCUUGAUAAAACGAAGAAUUAUCCAAUCUAGAACCAGUUAGCAAGUGUGGAAGGAAGUGAUUUUUAGUAGUUAUUCAUUACCAAGCGAGAAUUUCUGGGUGUUGGGAAAGGGACCAGGGCAAUGAACGAUAACAUAACGGUGUCGUGCAAGGUCCGCCCUUUGAUCAAAAGGGAAAAGGACAACAAGCAAACUUCACAAUGGCGGAUCCGGGACAACACGAUCAGCACGGUCGAGGGAAAUGGGGAACCGUUUGUUUUCGAUCACAUCUUUGACGAAACGGUGCCAACGCGAGAGCUGUUCGAGAAGGUGUGUCGUCCCAUCGUGCUGUCGACGUUAAAUGGAAUCAACGGGUCGAUCUUUGCCUACGGACAGACUUCGUCCGGUAAGACCUACACGAUGAUGGGUAACGAUGAUGAGCUGGGCGUUGUUCCUUUGGCGGCAAGGGAGAUUUUUAAGGGAAUUGAAAACAACAAAGACCGUCAGUUCCUGAUCCGGGUUGGUUACAUCGAAAUCUACAACGAGAAGAUUUACGAUCUGCUUGAUAAGAGCAAUUCAAUCUUGAAGAUAUUUGAAACAACGUGUGGAGAUGUCUCGUUGAAUUAUAAAGAGUUUAUUACGAACUGUCCGGAUCAAAUCAUGCAGUAUUUGGAAGAGGGGAACAAAAUUAAGCGGAUCGGCGACACGAAUAUGAAUGAACGGUCCAGUCGAUCGCACACGAUCUUCCGUAUAACGAUCGAAUCGAGCUUGAUCGACCGGAUGGAGGGAGCCGAGAAUGAUGCGGUGCAAAGUAGUACGCUCAAUUUGGUGGAUCUGGCUGGAAGCGAAAGAGCAGACCAAACGGGAGCAAGCGGAUCGCGGCUGAAGGAAGGAGCCCACAUUAACAAAAGUCUUCUCUCGCUAAGCUGCGUCAUCCAGAAGCUGAGCGAGAAUGCUGAUAAUUUCAAGUACAUCAACUACAGGGACUCGAAGCUGACGCGAAUACUGCAGGCUUCCCUGGGAGGCAACGCAGUAACGACCAUGAUCUGUAACAUCACUCCAGCUGCGCUGGAAGAGAGCUACUACACUAUGGGCUUUGCUAUGCGAGCUAAAACCAUCAAAAACAAGCCCAAGGUGAACGAGGUGCUCUCGGAAACGGCGAUGAUGAAGCGAUUGGAACGCGAGAUAAAACGGCUCCAGGAGGAGCUGAAAUCCGAGCAGAACAAAAACAGCAAAAUCAAAACCCUCGAAAUCCAGAAUGCCAUCACGAUGCGAGCGAAUCAGAUUAUCAACUCCCAGACCUACAUCAAGUUCGACAAAGGUCGUCGCCGAACGUGGUGCCCAUCGGGAACGUCCGGAAUUCCCAAACCCAUUGCGUUCAUCGAGGUCACCCAGGAUGCUCGCCUGAUGCCACCACCACCGCCCUUCCUCGCCAAACCGUCCACCCCCUAUCUGGGCAACCAGUCCAGCUCUUCCACUGAUACGGACGAGAGGUCUCCCACGUUGCGACCGGAACUGGCCAACCACACCAAUGCGGACUUGCUCGCCCGCAAGGUCCGCUCGACAACGCCCAGACGCGGCAACUGCUUCUCGCUUGGUGCCCUCAGCAAUAGUGACGAAUUCAUUCCCGGUGAGCUGGCCGACUUUGACGAACGGUCGCCGGAGAGUCUGGCUCGGGAAAUCCACACUCCCAGUGCGCUCAAGGGCAAACGACGGUCCCGGCGGUCGUCUACCGGGGAAACGCCAACCGAUUUCUUCGACCACGAGAAAAGAUGCAGGGAACUGGAACAGGAGCUGCUUGAACUGCAGGAGUUCACCAAUCUGGAAAAGAAUCUGGACUUGGCCGUCAUAAAGCGGAAACUGCAUUCCGGUGAAGAUAUUCGGGGCGAACUGCGCUACAGAGAGGAACGGGACAGCUUCGAAGAAAGAUGUAAUGAUCUUAUGGUCGAUCUUCAUCAAAAGCAGGAGCAAAUCUUCGACAUGGAAAAGGAACUGAUAGUCGCCCGCAAGGAGCGGGAAGCGGCCGUCAAGGAGGCAGAACAAUGCCGCAACAUACAGAACAGCGUUCAAGUGGAAUACGAGGUCUUUCAGCAACGGGCCAAGUCACGCGAGAAGGAACUAGUUGAGUCCCUUCAUGAAGCGCGGACCAGCACCGCUACGAAAGGAGACGUCCACAGUCUACUGGAAACGACGGGAAAGGAGUUGAAGCAGCUGGAAGUGCACAACUACAAGUUGCAAUCGCAGUUGGAUCAGCAAGCGGCUGAGCUGGAGAAGCUUCGGAAAUCUGAGCUGGAAACGGGAGAUAAGCUUGCCAAGAUGAAGGACGUAUUGGGCAGGGAUGUCGGAAGGAAAGAUACAAAGAAGCUCUUCCGUCUUGUAACGAAAUUGAGAGCGAUCCUGGCGGACGAGGAUACGCUUCUCAUCAACACCAGUAUCGACACGGAUGAGUUUGCGGAUAGUUUGGGAGACUCGAGCUUCAACAGUGACAGCUUGGAUCGGAUGUCCCCUACGAAGAUUGUUCUGACAAAUGACACGGGAAAUAAGAAUGUAAUGUACAAGAACGGAAACAGUCAGAUGCUAGACAUGGAUAUCGAAAAUGGAGAGUUGAAAAAGAAGAUAAAGUUGUUGGAAGAGGAAAGCUUGACGUUGGAUGCGUUGCUAAAGAAGUACGAGAGCGAGAUCGAGAAGCUGAACGAGAACGAGAAUCGUGUAAAGGAAGUAACAAAACAACUUGAACAUGAACAAGCGAAGUCCAAGGAUUUGAAUGAUUGUCUUCAGAUCAAGAAGGCGGAAUUCGAUAAGCUAACAGCUGAGUACGAUGAGUUGUCAACGCAGGUGAUGGACAACAUUCAAGACAUUGACAACUACAAAGAACAGGUUGGGAACCUGGAGAAGAAAUGGCUCGAGUCUACUGCAACAAUCGAUAGGCUAAAUGAAGAACUUAAAUCGUUAAAAAAUGCUACAAGUGACCUGCAAUUGUUACAAGAAAAGAACAAGGCAACUGAGAAUCAGUUGAGUGAAGCUCAUGUGCGGAUUGUUCAACUACAGGAAGAAAAUGAAACUCUGCAGAUGUUCAAGAUCAAGUGUGAAGGUGACAGGGAGCAGAUCGAACGGCUCGAGUCAGUUUCCACCGAACUGGAACAACUCAAAGAUCAGCAUCGAGAGCUGCAAGCUAGGAGCGUUUCCUUGGCAGAAGCCAACAGGGAAUUGGAAGAGAAACUGCAAUGCAUGGAACAGGCUCAGGAGAAGCACGGUCAGCUUCAAACGCACUGUGAAGAGCAGCAACUGAAGUUGAGGCAGUUGCAGGAGGAGAACCACGAUCUUACCGUCGCCGUGCAGGAACUAUCCGCGAAGAUAGUUAGUCUUGAGGAACAGAUGAUACGAGAUGACAGUGGUGCGCAGCUGGGCGUCGAGUCGGCUAACGAAUCAUUCAAAACGAAACUCGACGCCAGUCUCGAAAUGAUCAAAGAAGAAAGGCACCAUCCCCUCGGCUUGGAAGAAAUCGAAAACAAGGUAAAAGAUUUGGAACAGGAGAGGGAGCAUCUUUUGCAGCAGUUGGAAGAAGUACAAGCUGAGAGGAGUGCAAUGGAAGGUAAAUAUUCCAGCUUGCAGACAGAACAAGAAGAUAGCACGAAAAAUCUGAAAAAGGAAUUGGAAGAGUUGACCGAUCGUCAUGCAAAACUGCAGCAUGAAAAGCUAAAACAAGAAGAGGAACUGCAACUAUUGACCGACAACUUGGCUGCACUUGAGGAAGAGAAAUCUGCAAUGUUGGAGCAAAUGAAACUCGUCCAAGAGGAACUCAAGCAAACGGUCGAGAUGAAGGAAUUGGAUGCAUCUCCGGAUUUGGAGAAGAAGUUGCAGCAAUCUUUGGAAGAACUUGCCGCCCUCAAGGAAGAGAAAGAAAUUUUGAUGCAGCAACUUGAGUGUAAUAGAGCGGACCAACAAACCGUGGAGGAGAAGUGUGAAAGUCUCUGCAACGAAUUGUCGCAGAUGAUCUCGGUCAAAGAACAAGCAAACGAAGUCGAAAAGCAAGGGUUGAAGAAUGAAAUAAACAAUCUACACGGAGCGAAGCUGGAGUUGCAACAGGAAGCUGAGUCGUUGAGAAGCCGAAUCGCGGCGUUGGAGACUGAGUUGACGGAUGUGCAUGAACAGAAAAGCAAACUACUUGCAAAGUUGCAAGCACUGGAAAGUGAAAUGGAGGAAUCGUCCAACAUCCGGGAACAUUUGGAUCGAGAAGUUCGAGCAUUGAAGACCGAUUUGGGUAAUCUGGAACAACAACUGACGGAGAACAACGAAAAAUUGGAACGGUAUCAGGAGGAGAAUGAAGCUUUCCAGCGGGAGCUGAGAGAUAAGACUGACGAGGUGGGGAAGCUCGAAGAUAAGCUAACUGCUGCGCAGGAAGAAAGCAUUGAUCGUGUGAACAGAACCGAAGACGAAUGGGUUAAAAAACUGCGAAAUGCAGAGGCGCGCAACGACGAACAAAAGAUUACGUUGGAUGCUUUGGAAAAGGAGAAAAUGAGCUUAUUGGAAGAAGUUGGACAAGAGACGGCCGUGCGCGAAUCUUUGCACGGAACAGUGAAGGAGAAGGAUGCUCAAUUGGAGAGUCUCAGUCAUCAGGUUGCUUCGCUUGAAAAUCAACUCGUCGAUUUGAAGCUUAGGAACGAACAAAUGGAGACGCUACGAGCAGAUUUAGAGCAAAAGGUUGAGGAGCUAAGGAAAUCACUGCACGAAAGGGAGGUUGAAUGUACCGAAAAGGCAGUUGAGAUUGAAAAAAUUGAACAGAAGGUAGUUGCUGCACAACAGGAGAGCUUGGAUCGUGUAAGCCGAACCGAGGAAGAAUGGAUUGAAAGGCAGAAAAAUGCGGAAACUUGUAACGGAGAACAGAAGCUCAAACUGGACGCGUUGGAAAAUGAGAAGAAAGUCCUGUUGGAUCGAAUUGAGAAGUUGAUGACCGAGCAAGAAUUUAUGAUUGGGACGAUGAAGGAGAAGGAUUCCCAGCUGGAGAGUAUCAGUCGACAAGUCAAGUCUUUGGAAAAUCAACUCGCUGAUUUGAAACUGGAAAAUGAGCAAACGGAGCUUGGAAGAUCGGAAGUCGAUAAACUCCGGGAAGAUUUAGAGCAAGAGGGUGGAGAGCUGAAGAAUCUGGUGGAAGAAAAAAAGGAUCAAGUAAGGAAAUUGGAGCAAACAGUAGCUGCAUUGCAGGAGAAAGCUGACUGCCUGAUAAAGCAACUUUCCGACAAGGAACAAAGACUGAGUGAGAAAGAGAAGAGUACAUCCGAAAUGGAGCGCGAAUUGAAAAAGCAACUUUCGGAGCUAACGGAUAGCCACGAAAGCAGUCUCAAAGCGGAGAAGGAACAUUCCAAUAUGUUACGGCAUCAAAUAAACGAACUGGAACGCGUGAAGGAUUCAUUGGCAUCUGAUCUCAAAGUAGUGCAAGGGAAACAUGAUGCUUUGACGGGCAACCAUGCAGAUUUGUUGCAAGAGAAAGCCCAACUGGAUAAGACAACUAUCCAACUGGAGGCUCAGAUGGUGAACCUCAGAUCGGAACUAUUGAUUCGAGACGAAAAGUUGAACGCUGUUGAACGAAAGCUGACGGACAAAACGGCCGAACUUGAAGAUUUGGGCGGAAUGCUCAAGGGUAAAUCAGUCGAAAUGGAGCAAACGAUCAAGGAGUUGGAAAUCGAGAAAGUACAACUUAGCGGCGAGUUGGAUAAGGAGAAAUCGAAACGGCUCGAUCUCUCCAACAACCAGAUUCCGUCCCUGAAAAGCACAAUUCAUCAGCUCACCGAGCGUCAGGGCGUUUUGGAAAAGCAAUUGGUGACGAGUGCGACCGAAGCUACCCGCAGUGCCGCGGAAAUUGUACGGUUAGCACAGAUUUGUCAGCAGGAAAAAUUGAACGGCGAACGUUUGGAAAGGGAGUUGCUGGAAGCUAAGCACGUGUCGCUUCCGCUUCAGCCCGAUGGUCGACCAUCGCUUGGGGAUGGAAAGGUUGCACAUGCGCUGAGAAAGGAGAAUGAAGAUUUGUUAAGGCAGCUGAAUGAGAUGCAGAAAAUGCAUGUGUUUAAAACCAAACAACUCCAGGAUAGGAUCGAUGAGCUCAAGCAGAUGGAAGCGGAGUGCACCAGCCUACGGGAAGAAAUUUCCACUAUGCGUCAUGAAACCAGUUUCACAGAGAAGGAAACGCAAAUCGUAGAGUUGAAGGAAAAGAUCAACCAUUAUGAGUUGGUUUAUGAGGAAACCAACAACCGACAUCGGUCGUUGCAGCGGCAGAAUGACGAGUUACGGGCGAAACAUCAGAACCUGGUGAUGGAGAUGGACGAUCUGCGUAGGAUAGCCGAUAAGGAUCGUAAAUCGCGACGACAGAGUAGUCACGACGAUCGACGCGGUGGUCUAUUCAAUACGCGUGACAAAGCAAUCAUGACUGAGCCGAGCUCAACGGAUUGUGGUUGCCUUCAGAUGGACGCCCAGAUAAAGGAAUUACGCAAACAACUGACAAUCAAGGACUGCCAACUGAACACUCAGAAGAUGAUGGCUGCGGCCAACCCUCUCAAGAACGACGUGGUCGAGCUUCGAAAACUGGUUAAGGAUCGCGAGUCGGAGAUAAUCAAACUCAAUGACGAAGUUCAAUCCCUGUCGGUAGCUCUAGAUCAAGAGCAGAAACGAUCCGAUAAGCGUUGUAACGCGUGCAUUCGGCAACAGCGAUUGAAAUCGCUACGAAGCGAUAAGGCCAUCCUCACGGAUAGGGACGAUUCGGUUGAUGAUAAUGCAGCAGCCAAAAGGCUAGAGGAAGCUCAAGAAGAGCUAAAGAAGCUGGGCGACAAGUAUCAACAGAUGAAGCGACUCUGUCGGAUACGGAACGAAAAGAUUGUUAGCUUGAACCAGGACAUCGUGGAAAAGGAGAACGAAAGCUGCAAUGCCAACAAGAGCGUCCAGCAAGAGGUCUCCGUUCUGAAGCGCCAGCUUAACGAAAGUGAGGACAAGUACUCGCAGAUACAGAAGCUGUAUCAGAGCAAGUGUGGACCUCUAAAACCCAAAACGGCGGAAAGGAUGGUGCAGACCGAACUAGCUGCGAUUAGCGAACUCGACAUACUGCGAGCCAAGUACGAGAAGUACAAGACGAUGGCCAUAGCGCUGGUGGAACAGAACGAGGAACUGAAACGGAACCAAGCAUCAACUUAAAACCAAUCAGAGCUAACAUUUAAUUCUAGUCCGAAGCAGGUGUGCAACAGUGACUUCAGUUUCCAAUCCGCCCAACCUUUGUAUUGUACAGCACCUUCGUUAGGGACCUACCCAUUUUUGUGAUAAUCUGCCUACAUACCCACUAGAAUAUGUUGCUUUUGUUCCCUUGCCUGUAAAUCAAGUUGUAUGUGGACCUCGUGGAGCGUGUGUGAUUUAAAUUGUGUGGUUUGUGUGCCCAGGCAAUCAAUUCAUCAAUUGACUGAGUUUUGAUUUAUUCCCCAUUUCCAAAUGCGUGUCCGGAUCGCGGAGUUGACGCGACGCGCGGUCCUCUAUUAUUAAUGGAAAUUUGUACUAACUAGUAACUACAACGCCGGUUCUUUACUACCUACCUACCUGUUAUGCAUUUAGGAAUUCUCAUGAAGAAAUUAUACUUACUGUAUUUAUUCGUAUUACGUUUAUACUCAAAAACUAAUAUUACUCAACAGUUAUCAAGUAUUAAA